AUGUCAGACCUAAUGUUGGCUGCUGAGUACACCCUGCGACGAGCUUUGGAUGAAAGCUCUGGCGAUCUUGUGGUCACUGGGAGCCCUCAUCUGCUCUGUUCAAGAUUACCUAAACACUGGAGAUCAAAUAAAUCCCUUCCGACUCCAUUCAGGGUAGUGAGUUUAGUUCCAGUUCCGGAUGGAACGAGGGUGCUUUUAAGUGCUGGCAACGAAGAGAGACCAUUUGCAGAACUCAAAAACGCUAUCGCUGUGAUGCAAAACCAGGAGGCAAGAUUCAAUGAUCUUCGAUUUCUUGGACGCAGUGGAAGAGGAAAGUCUUUCAAUGUAACGAUCAAUGUGGAGACGAAUCCACCACUCAUUGGCACCUACUCACACGCAAUUAAAGUUACAGUAGAUGGACCACGAGUUCCAAGGAACAAAUAUGGUAAAUAUUAUUUUAAUAAAUUAAACAAUUGGAAUGCGAAAACAAUUAGAUUAUUUUGUCAACCUAAUAGUGCAAUUUACUUGGAAAUUAAUUUAUCUUACUAG